CCUACAAGGGGAUGAAUAAUGUGCAACCAAAUCUCUCUCUAUAUAUACACAGCCGCGGCCAUGAUGCCAUCAACCUCCAAAAAAAUAAAAUCCAAUCUUCUUCCCAGUUUCCUUUUUUCCCCCACCUGUCAGUGAAACCAUCGAUCGACAUUAAUGGCGAUAACGAGAAAAACAAUGUUAGGUUUCUUGCUGGUCACGGCAAUGCUAUUAGGAGGCGCCAUUGGAGCGGUCCACAAGGUCGGCGACUCGAAAGGAUGGACCACCAUUGGAGGAGUCGACUACGCCAAAUGGGCAUCGUCCAAGACGUUCCAAGCCGGCGACGCUCUCGAUUUCCAGUACAACAAGGACUACCAUGACGUGACAGAGGUCACUCUCCAAGAUUUCCAGUCCUGCAAUGUCUCGUCUCCGGCUAUGGCGGUGUACAAAACGGGAUCGGACAUGGUGAACUUGACGAGAGAAGGGCACUACUACUUCAUAUGUGGGGUGCCUGGCCAUUGCCAGGUUGGUCAGAAGCUCGAAAUCCUCGUCCAGCCUUCUGGUUCAUUGCCUCCGGUCUCGGUCCCGACCAUGCAGCCGGUUCCCUCCCCGACCAACGCCUCUACCCCGCCUGCCAUUGAAUCUCCACCCAACGCUGCUGCUUCUGGUUCCAGUUUUUGGAUCGGCUCUACCCUUCUCGCUUUCUCUGUGGCUGCUGGAUUCGCCCCUUUGAUUUAGUUUUUUUUUGUCUUUUUAUGGGUUUGGAUCUGAAUUUGUUGUCUGGUAUGACCUCUCUGUCUUUUUCGGUUCUUGUUCA